AUGUGUAGAAGAUAUUUGUUUGAUAGAGAAAUUGUACAAUUGCUGGAAAAUGAACCUCCAUCCGAUUCUGAAGACGACUUGGAAUCUGGCGACAGGUCUCCAAACUUAGGAAAUCAAAUUAUUCAAGAAACGAUGAGUGUCAACCAAUUUGAACAAAUUCGACAGUUCAUACACUUCAAUAAUAAUAAUAAUAUGUUAGUUAAAGGCCACGUGGGCCAUGACAGAUUACAUAAAAUUAGGCCAGUUACGGAGACUUUAAAAAAACGAUUUGCUUCUAUACCUUUAGAAGAAGCUUUAUCUAUAGAUGAACAAUUAUGCUCAACUAAAGCUCGUAAUUUUCUCAAGUAAUAUCUACCAAUGAAACCCCAUAAGUGGGGAUAUACAUUUUUUGUAUUUUGCGGUGUAUCUGGUUUUUCCUACAAUUUUGAAAUGUAUAGUAACCAGGAAAACAAUGACGUUAACAGGUAUUCAUGGGAACCAGAUUUUGGCGCUUCGGGAAAUGAAGUCGUUCGACUAUGUAGAAUAAUUCCAAAAAAUAUGAAUUAUAAAGUUUAUUUCGAUAACUACUACACAUCUGUAGUAGAUUAAGUUAGAUUCAUACAGACCAUUGAUGGUGUAUAUGAAAAACCGUCAAAUAUGUUCUUUGAAAACGGUACGCAGAAAUCGCCUGAAUAAUGUCUUAUUACCUAAUGAAAAGGAUUUUAUUUAAAAAUAACCGAGGUUUGUAAGAUUAUUGUUUGGCAGACAUUAAUAAUCAAGAAGUUUUUGCCACAUGCUGGCGUGAUAACAAGGAGGUAACUUUACUAUCUACAUUUGUGGAAAUCGAUCCGUUGUCUAAGGUAAAAAGAUUUUCAAAAACGGAAAAUAAAUCCAUUUUAAUAAACUGUCCACAUAUUGUAAGUGUACAUAAUAAACAUAUGAGAGAAGUAGACCUAUUGGAUAGCUUGUUAGGACGGUAGAAAAUUAAAAUAAGAAGUAAAUGGUAUUUAAGAAUUUUCUAUCAUUUACUUGACGUGACUGCUGUCAAUUCAUAGCUGUUACAUAAGCGAAUAAUUUCUCAAAAAAAUAAAACUAGGGGCAACGUUGAAAUACCUUUGACAUAAGCUGCAUUUAAAGAAGAUUCGGCCAUAUCUCUGUGCAAAGUUGGUCAGUUAACUUCCACUAGAGGAAGACCGUCAAAUAUCAUAAAGAAUGCACUAAUCCAAAAAUUUAAGAAACGGAAUGCUUCGAAACCACCAAAUCAAGAUCUACGCAUGGAUCGCAUUGAUCACUGGCCGAUCGAUGCACUAACGAGGAGUCGUUUUAAAAUACCAGGUUGCAACGGAUAUACAUGGCAAGCGUGUAAAAAAUAUCAAGUUAGAUUAUGUGUUGGAAAGGGAAAAACUUACUUUAAAAAAUACCAUACUACCUAA